GAAAAAAAAACUGAAUGCGAAAAAAAGGCGAGUGUGAUCGAUCGGGCUGGGUAAUGGGGCGUCGUUGAUAUUACUUUGAUAUUUACACUUGUGGAUACCUGCUGCCCUGCUUUGUGGUGUGACCUGCCCUGACGUGCUGAGACCAUGACUCUGGAGGCGAUCCGCUACUCGCGCGGCCGGCUGGAGGUACUGGACCAGCUGCUGCUGCCUCAUCAGACCGUCUACAUACCCGUCCCGGACGCCGACGCCGGAUGGGCCGUCAUCAAUAAGAUGCAGGUGCGCGGCGCGCCCGCCAUUGCCAUCGUGGGCUGCCUGAGUCUGGCGGUGGAGCUCACCACCGGCCGGCAGUUCGAGACGUCCGCGGCGCUGUUGGCGCACGUGCGGCAGAGACUGGCGCACCUGAUCACCUCUCGGCCGACGGCGGUCAACCUGAAGAAGGCGGCUGUCACACUGAUCGAGCUGGCGGAGAGCGCAGAGAGCGGGGGCGGAGGAGUGGAAAAACUGAGGGACAGCGUGGUGUCUGCCUGCGAGGCGAUGCUGGCCGCUGACGUGGCCGAUAAUCGGGCGAUCGGCGAACACGGCGCGGCGGCGCUGCUGAGCUCGGCGGCCGCCGGCAGCCCCGUGUCCGUCCUCACCCACUGCAACACGGGAUCACUGGCUACGGCCGGGCACGGCACGGCGCUGGGCGUCAUCCGCUCCCUGCACGCCGCCGGCAGACUCGGCAGGGCGUACUGCACCGAGACGCGGCCGUACAUGCAGGGUGCGCGGCUCACCAGCUACGAGCUCGUGCACGACGCGAUCCCCGCCACGCUGGUGUGCGACUCGGCUGUAUCGGCGCUGCUGCGAACGGGCCGCGUCCAGGCGGUGGUGGUGGGCGCCGACCGGGUGGCGGCCAACGGGGACACGGCCAACAAAAUCGGCACCUACCAGCUGGCGAUCGCGGCCGCUCACCACUCUGUACCGUUCUAUAUCGCGGCGCCGGCCACCUCCAUCGACCUGGGACUGCCCAGCGGAGACCAGAUCCCCAUCGAGGAGCGGCCCGCCGACGAAAUGCUGCAGCUGGCCGGCCAGCGCGUGGCGGCCCAGGGUAUCGAGGUGUGGAACCCGGCCUUCGACGUCACGCCGGCCAGUCUGAUCACGGGCGGUAUCAUUACCGAGAAGGGCGUCCUUCCCGCCGGAGAGGUCAGCCGCAUCGCCACACUGUAGCGCGGGCUGGAGAGCCGGCAGAGGGCACCAUGUGUGUGGUCUGAUAGUUGAAGGAGUCAUUUUUGUACGAGCUCUGCGAAGUGUGAAAAUCGCCGGGACGUGUCCAGUGGUUUGAAGUUUGGAUAUUAUUUUCCCAUCGGCUGUAAACGAAUCUCGCUUUGUAUCUCACGAGCCUGCCAUGUAUAUCAGGACCUCGUCAGUUGAUAAGCUUAGUUUUUUUUUUU